AAAACGUUACAUUUGGAUGGUGCAUUCAUUUGGAGGGAAUACGAUGGAAACUGGUAUUGUUGGUCGUUAUUGUUGUCUAUAGCUUUAGAGCUUCAUGUAAUUUGGGAGUUUCAAGUAAUUUCAAACAGCAAAGGCUAUCUGCGGUUACACAGCAUAUAUGGUAACUGAAGCCAAGAAGUUUCAAAGAAAGAUUAAAGCCACAAGGGUCUUUAUAAGCUAGACAAACGCUAGCUAUUACAGAAAUAUUACAGAAAUGACCAAAGACGCUAGCUAUUACAGAAAUAUUACAGAAAUGCCUAAAGACGUUGGCACUAUUAACAAUGCUUCUGUCGGGACAUCAAAGGAUGAAAUGGCCAAAGGAAAAAACUCUCUUGCGCUCACUUUUAUUACGCUACUCAACUGUCUUAACAUUGCCGGUAUAGCAUUGAACACAAUGAUAAUUAUAGUCUAUAGAAGAAAUAGACAACUAAAAACAAAGUCAAACAUCAUAAUUGUCUCGAUGGCUAUUACCAGUAUAGUUCUUGCAUCAUCGGAGAUGAUUUGCAGCACAAGGGUCUUCAUAAGCUGGACAAACGCUCGUUGGUACUUGAAUGGAUCCUGGUGUGCAUUACAAAGCUGCCUGGAAGCUAUUCUCUGCCACUUCACUAUUCACGCCAUCGCAGCUAUGGCCAUCCAAAGGCAAAACAUCAUCUCUAAGAUCCUAAAACCAAACAUACAAACUAAGCUUCUUAGGACAAAGUUGUUGUUAUUGGCAACAUUAACAUACAUUACACUGAUCAGCAUACCCAUGUUUUUCUAUUUCCAAACAUCUUGGGUGAAUCUGACAAUGUUUCUAGGUUGCGAAAGUGCGAAAAGGGAAAGUUCAGGCUCGUUAUAUUACAGAGCAGCAUACAUAGGUAUCUUAUUUGCUAUUCCCUUCGUGGUUAUAUUCAUUAAUUACAUAUACAUUCACUACCGGAUAAAACAGAAAUCACUGCCUUUACAAAGAGAGCUAAAGCGACGGCAGCUACGCAAAGGAGCUAAUUUGAGAGCUGAUAGCUAUUCAGGUUUGAAUAUAAUUGUUAUACUGUCCUUUUCUACGUUAUUCAGCUUGCCAACCGAAGUUUUGUCGAUGGUGUUCAAAGAAAAUAUGCUGUCGGGCGACGGUGCAUGGAUAUUCUAUGCCGCCGCAGUAAUGUCGAAAAUAUUCGAGAUGUUCUCUGCGCUGGUGCAUGCUUGUGCUAGCACAAGGUACAGAGUUAAACUACGGAAAUCUUUUAUCACAAGUGGCAACACUGAAUUUUCGCUGGGUCAACAGAAAGAGUCGGCAGUCUCCCAGAGAAAAGGCGCAAGCACACUUCCUGAUGACAGAGUAUCAAGUGUUCGCACUGUACGCAGGAGGCAAAGCUCUACUGUAAAUGCAGGUCGUAAGCUCAGCGAAAGACGAAGAUCCUUUGACAGGAGAUUUCUUAGAGUUAGUUUACAAGCAAAUGAGACUGCGACACCAAGCGUGUCAACGAAAUGCGAAACCGAACAGACACACAGUGAUAUUUGCAUACACUAUGAACGACAGAAUGGAAAGAAAACAGAAGCGAUCGAAUUAAAUGUUCUGAGGGAGACUUCAAAGGGAACAGAGAUUAGAUACAGUGAUUUCGAAAACCUUGAGCAUCACAUUCAGAGACGAAUGAGCGACUCUGAGGUUGAAAAGGCUGAAAUCAAAAUAAACCAUAUAAAAAUGACCCAACUAAGGGUUGUAAGUAGCUUGUCUCGAAUAUUGAGCCUAGAUAAACGCGAAGCAGUCUGGAAAAAAUGGCAACUGGCGAAUUCUUCAGUUUAAACUAUUCAAUAAAAGCGCGAGUAUCAUGCAAAGAGCGAUACAACACAAGCGUAGAUUGAAAUUUAGCGGUAGCAUGCCAUGUUCACGUUUUAUAUCAAACAGAAAACUUGAAGAAAUUCUAAGAUUCCCUACGAGCCUCAGAAACACGUGCUGAAAUCAUUCGUAGCCGACAUAAACUUUCUUUUAAAUAUGGCUACUCUUGUCCUCAAACUGCAUUAACGGCCAACUUCGGCAGGCAAUUAAAUGUUUGGUAGUGUUUGCAUGACUUCAAAAGAGUGUCUAUUUCAGCCCUAACUGCAACAAGUAUGGAGGAAGAAACAAGAGGUCCUCUCUAACGCUCUCUAUAUGCAAUAACAUGCAGCAUCCUUUAAGUGCCAAUUCAUGCCCUGUCUUUUUAUCACAAACUCAUUAUUGUAUUGUUGCAAAACGCUGAUUCUCAUUGAAAUGAAGGUGAACAAAUGUGUUUAACUGAACUAUCAUGUUUGGAAGAUUUGCCCACAUUCAAAUGCUCACUUCAUUGCAGUUUGUUUUAUAGUCUGCUGUCAUUUCUCAAAGCACUGACAGUAAAACAAGAUGUGUAGGGGGAGCCUUGGUUACAAUGUGACAUUUUAGGCACUGUAUGCACUGUAUGGCACUGUAGAAUAAAGAAUUCAAUAUUUGAGAGUUUAUGAAAAUCUGCUGAUCCAAAUCCUGAAGAUGUUAACUAUUAACAAAAAAUGAAUCUACAGUAAGUUCAAAAUCAUCAACAAAAAUUAUUAUCAUUUACAUUUUUGAUAAACUUUUCAUGUUUAAAAGGCCAAACCUCACCAUAUCUAGUGAAUUUCAAUGAAAAAAAUUAAGUCCAUUGUCAUAUAAAAGGGUGUAUUGCAUUGAAUUAGUUUGCAUGCCCAAAUGUGAUGUAAUGCAAUGUUUCAAAUGAUUUAGUUUAUGCAUUUAAAAUCUGGUAUAAAAUAUGAUGGACUAUAAUGUAUUUGUGUAUACACUUAAUCGUAAUCUAUUGUAAUAAGCAAUGUAAAUAGUUACUCAUAAAAAUUUGCAAUUUAAGUACAUCAGUACAUCAGUAGAUAGUCAGUUUUAAAAUGUUUUCUUUUUAAAGGUUUGUGCAAACAAAACCUAUCAAGAUGAUGAAGAGCAAGGGUAAAAGAGCACAAUAACAUAUUGGGUUCUAUUGGGGUGGCUGCCCUUUACCUUUGCAAAAUUAAGCAACUUUAUUUAGCAUGCUAUUGUAUUGUCCUUUUCUUGAUGCUCUUUGUCCCCAUGCAUGCUUUCAAAAAUUUGUUCAGCAUAGAAACAGUUCCUACAGUUCCAUUUCAUGUGAAGUAAUGCAUAUAAUGUGGGAAAUCUAAUUAGAAUUACGCCUUAAAUCAUAACAUAUUUCGCUGCCAGCUUUGCUUCUUAAGCUCCAAAUUCUGUGUUUCAGUUAUCAAACAGAACUCAAAUUUACAUUUGGCUCUAGAUUGAAAGGUUGCUAAGCAUAAAAAAGCAAUAAAUAAAAUUAAAAUUUUUCAGUAUAACAGCUUCUCUUGUUCUUAUCUCCCUGGCUAUGACAUCUAAUAAACAACGGGAAACAUUUUUCAGGAUUAGCAGGGGUCGUUGUGAGUGCUUGUUCAUUAUCAAAAUGAAAUCAAAUGCUUGGCAAAUUUGUUAGGAGGUUCAAAUUUUUAUUUCAAAUUCUUCGAAUCUUGCCCAACAUUACCCAACAAAUGUUUGCUAACCAAACAAGAUGACCAAUCAGGUCAAACAUUCUACUAAACAUUUGUUUUCAAAUCAUAAAUGAAAUGAUUGCUCUAUUUGACUAGGGCUUAAAAACAUUUGCUUAUUAUUUGUUUACUGUCAAAGGCAUUUAUUUGUUUAUGAAGCAUUAGAAGUGGAAGUUUUCCCUUAUUUUUAACAAUUCUUCUAAAUUAUCACAAAGAAUGUCAAAUCAUUUAAUGUCAUUCUAUAUACUGAUUAUACAAAGAUACAAACCAACUCUUCUUAUUCUUUUAUUAUUGUCCCUGACCAAGUGGGAAUGACAGCUGGUCCAUUAAUUCCCACAUUUUUUCUUGCAAAACAGGCACAACAUCACUGGCUAUAAACAGAUGGGUGGUAUCCAAGUCUUUGAUAAUGAAUUUUUGCCCCAGCGAAUUCCUUUCAUCAAGGUGCAACAAAAAUUGUUUGACAGCUGGGUCACUAAAACAAACAGUGCAAAAUUACAGGAGUAUUUUAGAGCUACAUAAAACAUAACAACAUAAUAACAAAUGACAUGAAAUAUUAUUCAAAUUGUUUUCAAAAAAGGUAUUGAGUCUGGUUCAUAAUAAAAUUUGCAGUUCUAUGCAGAUAAUGAAUAAAAAUUUCCACAACAAAUUAAAAACAACGCUGGCUUUUUUCUUCCAUUCAGAAAUGCUUGUUACAAACAGUCAAGAGAAUUGGUCAAGUUAAUUGGUAAUAGAUGAUUUCCUGCCAGUUGCUGCAGGUCAAUAGUAAUCUGACACAACUCAAUAAGUAUUUCAUAUCCAUUUUACUUGUAAAGAUUAGACUAGCCUUCAAUUUGAAGUUAGGUAGAUGGGAUGAAAACAUCAAUUCCAUGUAUGAGCAAACCUGAACCUUUUACAUAGAAAGCAAGAAGGGCUAUCACACUGCCUGAAUUUGGUACAACAUAAAAAUCAGAGCUUCCGCAGACGUAAAAGGAAAAAAUCAUAUUGAAAUUUCAAGUUUAGCUAUUCUUUCCUUAAAAUUUUAACUUCAAUCUAUAGGCCUAAAAAUAGUGCCUUUGAACCAAUUUCAAAAGAGGUCUGCAUUGCUUGUGAUGUCUCUGAUAUGAAUGAUAGUUACAUUAAAGUCAUAAAACUUAUAUUAAGGCAGUCACAAAUUAAACAAACAGAUUUCAUUGACAUUAGACAUUUAAGAAUCCUUUGCCACAAAUGGAAAUAUGGUCUUGUAUGAUCUAUUGUUCAUUCAAAGCUUCAUUAAUAAUAACAAACAUCCAAGAAAGUGGCAGAUGUGAGGUUUAAAAGGGCCAAGCUCAUGUUUAGCCAAAAUGUAUGCCCUGCUGCAGAGUAUAUGGCAAUUCUCAACGAGAUCUCAUGCAGGCACAGUCAAUUCGAAAUCUCUUUUAAUAUUCAUAUGGGGUACAAAAAAAGUGCUAUAGUAAAAUCAAUAAGCAGCUUCAAAUUUUGGUAUGCAGCAUUGACCCUCUGCAUGUAACUCCAUACUCAAAUAUGCUCAGCGUGGGCUUAGGAACAUGCCUUGGCAUACAAUGAAGAAUCCUGUUGCUCGUAGUAUCUGCAAACAUCCAUUGGUGCUUGAUUGAGCAUCACAAAAUAUAAUCAAUAUCAUAAUUUGGUCUUUUGAAAUUAAUAUUUAGAUAUCAUAAACACUCUAGCC